UUCUCGAGAAGCAGGAGGAAUAUCGCGUUUUUCAGAAUUUUGAAUGAGAAUUCAUUGAUUCUGCCUAAUUAUGGGUGCCAUAUAUAAAUUAAGAAGGCUAAGUUAAUCGUCGAAAUCACAAAUGGCUACGGAUUCGCUUCUAAAAACGAGCAAGCAAACUAAAUAUAUAUCGUAUAGAAAUAUCUUGUAUCAUAGGUUUUUCGUUGGCCUACUAUUGUUUAUUGUGCUAUCUUUAGUGUUUACAGUGUUGUUCAAUGUUUUUGCUGGUAGUUCGCCUCGGACAGACUUCCACGAACCGGUGAAUUUAGACGCGGCGAGUUCAACAGUGUUAGAGUUACGAACUGAUUUGCCAAAAGCGGUGUCCCGCCUUCAUAACUGCACUUACUGGGACUGUUUUAACGUGUACAGGUGUGGGAGAGGAGGCCACGAUAAGAUAACGAUAUACAUAUACCCAUUGAAGCAUUAUCAGACAGAGAAUGGUGGUCCUAUAUCACAGUUUUCUAAGGAGUUUUACAUUAUGUUAGAUACCAUAAGACACAGCAAGUACUACACGCCGGAUCCCGAGGAGGCGUGUUUGUUAGUCCCUAGCAUAGACACAUUGAACCAGAACAGCUUUUCAAAUGGAUAUGUAUCAAGAGCAUUACAGACGCUUGAAUACUGGAAUGAUGGAGAAAACCAUCUCAUAUUCAAUAUGCUGCCAGGGAAAGCUCCAAAUUACGAAUCAGUGGUCAACCUCAACACUGGCAAGGCCAUUAUAGCAGGAGGCAGCUUCGACACAUGGUCGUUUCGAUAUGGCUUCGACAUCUCAAUACCAGUAUACAGCCAUAUAGCAGAAAAAAUUGACAACACCCAGCCAAAACAAAAGAAUUACAUGAUCAUAUCAACACAACUAAACAUAGCUCAGGACUCGUUAGAAGUCUUACAAAACAUUGCAUCGUCAUCAAACGAUUUGCUACUACUUGACAGAUGCAAAACUGAUUCUGGUGGAAUUGAUUAUACUAAACGUUGUGAGUACACAACAGGGAGGAUGUUUGACUAUCCAGAGAUAUUGAAAGAAGGAAUGUUUUGCUUAGUUAUACGUAGUGCAAGACUGACGCAAGCAGUUCUAAUGGAUGUUUUAGCAUCCCAGUGUAUCCCCAUAGUGAUUGCGGACUCAGUGAUAAUGCCGUUUAAUUCUCACAUAGACUGGAAUAAACUAUCGUUGUUUGUGCCUGAAGACAAUGUGAAAAAUUUACUAAAGAUAGUGCAUUCAGUGAGCAAUGAAAGGAGAGGAGAGUUGUAUUGGCAGCUACGAUGGGCUUACGAUAGAUAUUUUGCUAGUGUAGAAAAAAUUACCUUAACAACUUUAGAGAUUAUAAAUGAAAAGCUAUUUCCGUUAGCAGCUAGGAUGUACGAAGACUGGAAUAUGCCUGAACAUUUGUAUGGCCCCGUGAACCCUUUAUUCCUGCCGGUGACCGCGGCCAAGUCGCCAGGCUUUACCGCAGUCAUACUGACGUACGACCGCGUGGAGAGCCUGUUCGCGCUCGUCAAGAAGCUGGUCCGCACGCCGAGCCUCGCCAAGAUACUGGUUGUGUGGAACCACCAGAAGAAGCAGCCGCCGCCUUCAUCUGAGUGGCCAGUUAUCAACAAACCACUGAAAGUGAUACGAACCAAAGAGAACAAACUGUCGAAUAGAUUUUUUCCGUAUGAUGAGAUUGAGACUGAGUGUCAAUUGACCAUAGACGACGAUAUUGUUAUGCUGACUCCCGACGAGUUGGAAUUUGGUUUCGACGUGUGGCGCGAGUUCCCCGACCGCAUAGUGGGGUUUCCGUCCAGGCUGCACGUGUGGGACAACGUGACCAGCUCCUGGCGGUACCAUAGCGAGUGGACCAACCAGAUAUCCAUGGUAUUAACGGGCGCAGCGUUCCACCACAAAAUCUGGUCGUGGUACUACACGUACAAGAUGCCCGGCGAGAUCCGCCGCUGGGUGGACGAACACUUCAACUGUGAAGACAUCGCCAUGAACUUCCUCGUCGCUAACGUCACGAGAAAGCCGCCCAUAAAGGUGACCCCUCGAAAGAAGUUCAAAUGUCCAGAGUGCACGAACACUGAGAUGCUAUCGGCAGACGCUCGCCACAUGUCGCAGCGGUCAGCGUGCGUGGACCGCUUCGCAGCGAUCUACGGCCGCAUGGCUCUCCAACCGGUGGAGUUCAGAGCCGACCCACUGCAGUACCGAGAGACUGGCGCCGGCGUGCCACAUCUAUACCCCGACAUCGGAGCGCUAUAGGUAUAUUCUUAACGCAAUGUAUCAACGCUCGGUGAUGUUGGCGAAAGUUUUUUUGUGGUAAUGUUUUGGGCCCACUAGUUUACAGUUUGAUGAUGCAGUACAGCUGGAUUUAGCACUGUUUGUGGUAUAAUCAUACUGCACAUUCCUAAAGAUCGAAAAAUGCUAAAAACGUGAAUCAAACUCUAAGAACAACACUAGAAAGCUCAAAAUCGAUUACUUUGCAAGAUGAAGCAUGUGCCGAAUGCCUGGACAUAACGUGUACAUUAAGUAAAAUUUACUUUACAUCGGCCCUUUGGCCAUCGAGUAUGAAAUAAGAGAAUUCUGUAGGUAUUCAAUUUAAAAUUGGCUUGUAGUUUUGUAAGGCUGACAAGUUUUGGGCCCUCUUACUUUCUCUAAUCAUAUAAAGUAAACGAAUAUUACGCAUGAUUGUGUUUAACUGUUUUUUUUUAUAACUGGAGUACAGUUAUUGCUAUACUUUUUUCUUGAAGACCUGAUUUAUAAAUCACCAGAUAACUUGUAUCUAGCAGCUAGGGAGCAGAACUAGCUCCUCCUACAAAUAUACAACUAUUACUUUGUGUAAUACUCGUAGCUAAUCAGAAUUAAUAGUUGAAACAUGGGUGAAUUAUAAAGCUAAUACAAAAUAAACACAAUCAAAAUAGGUUUUACGUGCAUCAUAUUAUUAUUAAAUCUUUCUGUCAUUUAUUGUGGCCAGAUUUAACUGAUCAAUUGUUUUUUUUUGUCAAUAGUAACUUUUAUCCACUGAAUGUGCGUAUUUAAAACAAUCUAAGAGGGCCCGAAUUUGUAGCAAACGUAGAAGGAACGGACAAUAACAAAUUGAAUGAAGGCUGUAAGAGAAUUGGGAAUCGUCCCCAUCACCAGGGUAUGUAGUGUUAAUGCCAAUUAUCUUUUACCCGACUUUAAUGUUCGUUUUGCCAAUGUAUUACAGAUGAUAGCACAUCGAGAUAAAUACUGUCUUAUGCUGUUGUAGUAAGUACUACUUUGCAACAACAAUGUAGCGCUAUUGCUGUACAGUCAGUGUCAAGUAGUUCGUGAUACCUAAAGUGUCCAAAAAGUUGACAACACAACCUUACGGGACUA